CUCCCUAUUGGUGGAUAGGUAGACAGCAGUAGACAGCGACAGGUCGAGAAAACUCGAGGAGAAGAGAAACAGUGUUGAACGUGUUCUGGGCAGCAAUCAACAAAGGUGACGACGUAAUGUCGAAGUGUUAAUUAUUAGAGUAGGCUUCAAAAUCAGGCAAAGUGAAGCUGCUUCUAGUGAAAUUUGCGCCCUUGCGGGCGCACGCAACAGCGGAGUGCGAAAUGUCUUUGCGAGCUAUUGGGAAUCGUCUUAUACAAAAUGGUCGAAUUUUGCUGCGAAGUUUUAGGCCCUACCGAAAGUCAAGCGACGUGUUGGACGGGCUCUCACGCAAAAUUCUCCCGAGGGGAGUUCAAGUAGAAGCUAGUCCUAGCACUGGCAGGGCAUCUGCUGGUAGAAAUGUCAGCUUUCAUGUACAUGCACGACAGUUGUUCGUUGAUACUGUUUUAAAAAGAGUAACAAAUUCAUUGGCAGCAGAUUUGAGGAGGAGAGCCGCAAAAAGAUUGUUGUUCGGAGAUUCUGCACCUUUUUUUGCUCUUGUGGGUGUGAGUUUGGCUUCAGGAACUGGUAUAUUGACAAAAGAUGAUGAGUUGGAAGGAAUAUGUUGGGAAAUCAGAGAAGCGGUAUCAAAAUUACAAUGGAACGUAGAAGUUGAUGCUGGAACAGAUUAUUUUUCAGAGAAGGAGAAUAUCGGACUGGAUUUUUUUGAAAUUGGUCCUGCCAUAGCUAAAGGUUGCAGUGCUGUUGUUUAUGCUGCUCGAAAGAAAUGUGACUCUGAACAUGGUAUUAUUGCUAGGACUGACCUUGAUAUUUCUACCUAUCCCUUUGCCAUAAAAAUGAUGUUUAAUUACGAUGCUGAAUCGAAUGCAACCUCUAUUUUGAGGGCUAUGUAUCGAGAAACUGUUCCAGCCAGAUGGCAUUACACCAAUGAAGAAUUAAACUCGUGGGAGCAAAGCCUUUCUGAUCGUAAGCUUCCAUUACCGCCACAUCCAAAUGUGGUGGAAAUGCAUUGUGUGUUUGCUGACAGAGUCCCAGAAAUUCCAGGAUCUUUUGCAAUGUAUCCUGAUGCUUUACCACCAAGAAUCAAUCCAUCUGGAUAUGGCCGGAAUAUGAGCCUUUUUCUUGUUAUGAAAAGGUAUGAUUGCAGUUUACAACAAUAUGUGCAAAGUAGAAAACUAAAUUUUCGAACCACCACACUACUGCUUGCACAGCUGUUAGAAGCUGUGGCUCAUAUGAACCGUCACGGAAUUGCCCACAGGGAUCUGAAAAGUGAUAAUAUUUUAUUGAAUCUCUCGGAAGGUGAAGCAUACCCACUUUUGGUAAUUACAGAUUUUGGAUGUUGCUUAUCUGAUAGAGUACACGGGUUACGUUUACCUUACAACUCUCCCGAUACAGAUAAAGGUGGAAAUGCAGCUCUAAUGGCACCUGAGGUGGCUUGUGCAGAAGCUGGUCCUUUCUCUUAUCUAAACUAUUCCAAGUCUGAUGCUUGGGCUGUUGGAGCUAUUGCUUAUGAAAUAUUUGGAGAAAAAAAUCCCUUCUAUUCUGUCUCACAUGAUAAACCUUUAUUAAGGAAUACAACAUACAACGAUGAAGAUCUCCCUCCUUUACCAGACAGUAUUCCAUCAGUUUUGACAAAUUUGGUAGCUGGAUUAUUAAUCAGAAAUACAUCAAAGAGGCUGAGUGCAGAAAUGGCAGCUACAAUUUGUCAGUUGUUUUUGUGGGCACCUAGUGCUUGGUUGCGUUCAAGUCCAGAUUUACCCACAACAAACGAGGUGUUGCAGUGGCUGUUGUGCCUCACAACUAAAGUAUUGUGUGAGGGUCGGCUAUUCAACAAGCUUUCUGCAGAGGAGGUCCCCCAUUCUGCCAGUUUGGCUCCCAAAUCCGAGGCCACCUUGUCUAGUACAUCUCUUGCAUCAAGUGGCCGCCGAGCUCUGCCGGAGUACCAGCUUAUUUCCUCAUUUCUUAUUAGAGUUAAGCUAAGGCAAGUGAGGGAAGCUCUUAACUGGAUUCAUAAUGUGUAAAGAUUUUAUCCUCAUUUUUGGUGAGCUUAACUCUCAUUCAACCACCUUUUGUUUUAGCCAGAAUGGCUUUAGGUGACUGAUAUCGCUUGUUUGUGGUUUACUAUUCCAUCAAAAUUAUUUAUUUUUUACUUUUUUGUGUAUUGCCUUUUUUGUAGCUGCUGAUUGAAAAUUGAAGUUUUUAUAUGCUUUGAUUUGUAAUUCCCAUUUGACUCGAAAUAAUUUGGUUCAGGUCUCGUUUGAAUCUGCAGAUUUAGAAUAGUUCACUAAUACAAGGGUUGUCAGAAUAUUGUGAUUAUUGAACAGCAUUAUUGAAAAAAUUAUUCCUGUAAGAUAUCAGAAUUGUUGUACUUAUUGUUAGUUGUAUAUUUUUUAAUUGUACAGUUAUGCAAUAAAGAAUAUUUUGUGUUGAUUCUUAAUU